CGCGCGACGGCCCGCACGUCCAUAUCCUUAUCGCCCGCCCAUCCUCCAGUCCAGGGCCGCGCGCCUUUUCAAUCCCUCUCCCCAAAACAUCUCACCUCCCAGUGUGUGGAAUUGGCCCUUCUUCCCUUCCUCCGAUAAUCCAUUGCAGCAUGAUAUAAACGCACAAUUCAAAAAGACAAAGUCAUCCAGAUACUAUCCGGACCCCCCCCCCCUCCGUUCCAGAAUGGCCAAAGGAGCCCCCGCCGCCUCGUCCCCUCCUCCGACCGCGACGCCUCCAUCCUCCCGGGCGCUGAAACGAACCACCUCCAGCACGCAGAACAUGAAGAGCCAGAAGUCCAUCCUCGGAUUCUUUCAGAAGUCAUCGCCCUCGACCCCGUCGACGGCUCGCAAGGUCGUCGAGCCCGCCUCCUCGCCCGCCGAACGGGCUUCCAUCCAGCGCGCGGGAGCCGAUACCACCACCAGCAGUACCGAGAAGAAGAAGCCGCUGCAGCCGCAGCACCGUGUGCCCCAUUUCAAGCAGGACUUGACGCCGGUGCCUAGUAGUGAUCUCGUGAUACCUGACGAGGACGAUGAUGAGAGACAAGAGCAAAAUGCGGUGCAGGUAUGGUGUGCUCGCUUCAAGUUAGUAAUAGAAUGUUUUGGUGUGACUGACCUGUUGAGGGGAUGCAGGCCGGUGGUGUUGAUGAGCAGCAGACGUUCACGUCUCCGUCGCGUCGGGUAAGAGAUUCUUAGAAUUCGGUGUUUGGGACGUACAGAUGUGCUGACAGAUGUGAUGUUGCUCAAGGCUAGGAAGAAGGUCAAUUAUCUUGAAUCGGAUUCCGAAGGUGAAGAGGACGACGAGAAGAUCUUCCGUCCCGGCCGCAGUAGUCGCAACAAGCGUCAAAAGGUAGCUGUAGAGAGUGAGGAUGAGUUCAAGGAGGCUGCAGAUGGCGAGGAAUAUUCUGAUUA